AUGGCGAUAAAAUAUGUUUUAUUGGUAAGCCGACAAGGCAAGGUACGAUUAGCCAAAUGGUUUAAUACUUUAUCACCAAAAGAGAAACAAAAAAUUAUCAAAGAGGUCACACAAAUGGUUUUAUCACGAAGAACAAAGAUGUGUAAUUUCUUGGAAUAUAAAGAUGAAAAAGUGGUAUAUCGAAGAUAUGCAAGUCUUUUCUUCGUAACUGGUAUUUCAUCAAAUGACAAUGAACUUAUAACGUUGGAAAUUAUUCAUCGAUAUGUCGAAAUUUUAGAUCGAUAUUUUGGAAAUGCAUAUUUUGUACUUGAUGAAUUAAUCAUCGCGGGUGAAAUGCAAGAGUCAAGUAAGAAAUCGGUGAUACGUGUUGUGAGUCAGCAAGAUGCCUUGGAAGAUGGGGAAAAUGGGGAAAAAGGAUGGACUGAAAAAUAA